CCAAAACAAAACCUCCCCAAACAAACCCCGGUUUCAAUCGAUAUUUUCAUUUCCCAUUUGAAGCGGAGUAGAUUUUGUUGGGACGUUUUCUGAUUCAAAAAUGCACCAAACAAUGCACAGUAAAUCAAUUAAAGCCAAAGAUUCGUCACUGGUGUCUUACUACAUCAUGUGCUUCGUAAGGAUAGCGAUGGUGUUCAUCCCCCAGGUCGGUUACAUCCAUCCGGACGAGUUCUUUCAGACGGUGGAGGUGGUUGCCGGGGAUGAAUAUGGUCUGGACGUCCGGAGGACGUGGGAAUUUGAUAAAGCUUUCCCAAUACGUUCCAUGGUGAUUCCAUUCUUGGGACUGAAGAUUCCCUUUGGCGUGCUUAGAUUCGUUUCGAUGUACACGAGGUACUUCUUGGGAAUCAACCUCCGGGGUAGCUACGUAAUGUUGGUGUUUCCACGACUUAUCAUGGUGGCCCUGUCGUUCGUGAACGACUGGAGUUUGGCCCAAAUCUGCAAGGCCUACGGGCUUCAAAGCCAGUUCCGACUGCUCACCCUAGCAAGUUCCUACGUAAUGCUGGUCUACUCAAUUAGAACGUUUACCAACUCAAUCGAAAUGGCCCUCUGCUCGCUGCUCCUGUACAUUGUCAGCGAUUGCAUGAUCCACUCCAACACCGUCAUCUACCAGCAAGAGUUCCUCGAUGAAAAGUACCAAAAAGAAAAGAAGCUCGUCGAAAAGGUCAAACUGUACAAACUACGUCAAUCACUGCCGUCCCACUCGCUCAACCGAUGCGUCCUCAUGUCCACCCUGUGCGUCGCCGGCGUUUUCAACCGGCCAACGUUCCUCCUCUUCGGACUCCCGCUAGUGUUCCACUGGCUACUCCGCGGACUCGGAACCAAAAAAGCAUCCCUGAAAGACUUCAACAUCCGAAUCUUCACCUUCGUCCUGUCCGGAAUUCCCGCCCUCCUGCUCUUCAUCCUAGGAGACUCAUUUUACUACGGGUAUCUGACCAUGCCGGAAAUUGAGCACCUGGACGUGACCAUCAAUAAUUUUGUGGUGACGCCGCUCAACUUUGUGCGGUACAACAUCAAUCCGAACAAUACGGGAGCGCAUGGAACGCAUCCGUUCUAUCUGCACCUGGCGAUCAACGUUCCGCUGCUGUACAACGUGCUCGGCGUGAUUGCGCUGGCGUCGUUUGGGGUUAUGAUGUACAGAUUCGCCUCCAACGAGUACACCAACCUACCGCGAGCGCAAUCCUUCGUGGGCCUCAUGAUCUGCGCCAUCUUCUUCCCAAUCGUGAUGCUGUCCUUCAUCAACCACCAGGAACCACGCUUCCUCAUCCCGAUCACACUUCCGCUGAUCCUACUGCACGCCCCUAAGCUCAAAACCGGACUGUGUUCCAGCUAUCCGUUCAAGGAGCGAUCUCGGCUAAAAGAGAUGUUUUACAGCUAUGUUUUAUGUACUCAAGCAAGUGCACGACCGUUGCUCCGUCUGUGGUACACGUUCAACAUUAUUCUGACGAUUUUCUACGGGUUCGUCCAUCAAGCUGGGGUGUAUCAACUGGCCGCCCACAUGAGCCAACAACUGGCGGCCACUCCGUCCACGACACAAACCUACCUGAUUACGAGCCACAUCUACGACAUGCCGUACUGCUUCCUGGACCUGCCUAGCACAAACAUCCUCGUGACGAACCCCCAAACGGGUCAGCGGUAUCGACGCAAGCGGACCUUCUUCCUCAGUGAAUAUGGGAGUUUGCCAAUUGGUCAACUCUACACCAAGGUCAAACUCACCAUGGACAUGUGCCGGCUGCAGACGUACAACCACAAAACGUGCCACGUGUACCUGGCGAUUCCUUCCAGCUUGUCCGAGGACCUGAACAACGAGUUCCAAGAGCACGUCCAACCGCAGCUUAUGAGCCACAACCUGAUUAAAGUGUUUUACGCCCAUCUUUCCAUGGAGGCACCACCGAAACUGCUGGGACAGCACCUCUGCGGAAUCAACACCGAUUUGGAGGACGUCGAGGACACGUGCUCGAUCUACGCCGAGGAGGACUCACAGGAUUGGUUGACGCCGAGUCGGAUGCUGAAGCAGUUUUCGUCUUUAGCCCACCAAUUCGGGCUGGCUCUGUACGAGAUCAAGGCCAAGGGAAGCAAACCAGUUUCGUAACAAGCGAGGAUUUCAGUGAUAUCGUGAAAAAAAAUCUAGUCAAACAAAUUGAUUUAAUUGUCGUUUUUCCUUUCGUGUAUUUGCUUGCUUAGUGUGAGUACCUUAAAAGAAGCGCAUUCCUGAAUAAAACCUACUGACUUUUUGUAAAUAUUUAUAGCUAACUAAGGCAUUAUUUUUCAUAAUAAAAGCACAACUUAUUUUUAACUGCAAAUCGUA